AACAGAAAAACGUCAUCAUCAGAACAAAAGCAAAAUUUUCACGCGAAAUGUUAUUACUUUAUUUUUAAGUUCUCAACAAAACUCGAAAAAUGUGCAUAAAUUUAUAGAUAAACUUGUUGGAAAAUUGCUGAAUAUUGCGCGUAAUGUGUUAGUAGUGUGAAACCAAAAAAAAUACAAGGAAAAAAUGUUCCGCAGUCGAAGCUGGUUUGGAGGAGGCUGGAACCGUCCGAAAAAUCGCCUCUCGCUGGACCACCUGAAAUAUUUGUACAGCGUAUUGGAGCGGAAUACCACCGUAUCGGAAAACAAUCGGGGCUUGUUGGUGGAGUCCCUGCGCUGCAUUGCCGAGAUUCUGAUUUGGGGUGAUCAGAAUGAUUCAUCCGUGUUUGACUUCUUUCUAGAGAAAAAUAUGCUGUCAUAUUUUCUGCACAUAAUGCGACAGAAAAGUGGUGGCUCGAGCUUCGUAUGUGUCCAGCUGCUGCAAACAUUGAACAUUUUGUUCGAGAAUAUACGAAAUGAGACGUCCCUAUAUUACCUCCUGAGUAACAAUCUCGUGAACUCUAUAAUCGUCCACAAGUUUGAUUUUUCCGAUGAAGAUGUUAUGGGCUAUUACAUACUGUUUCUCAAGACGCUCAGUCUGAAGCUGAACACGCACACGAUACACUUCUUCUACAACGAACAUACGAAUGACUUCCCUUUAUACACCGAAGCAAUCAAGUUCUUCAAUCACCCCGAAUCGAUGGUGCGCAUCGCGGUACGCACCAUAACUCUGAACGUUUACCGAGUGCAGAAUCCAAACAUGCUGCAGUUUAUUCGAGAUAAAACUGCUGCUCCUUAUUUCAGUAACUUGGUGUGGUUCAUCGGGAAGCAUAUCUUAGAGCUGGAUGCCUGUGUACGGAAUGAUAUUGAUCAUCAAUCGCAGCAUCGCUUGGCUAAUCUAGUAGCGGAACACCUCGAUCACUUGCACUAUCUGAAUGACAUUCUUUGCCUGGAUAUUCCGGACCUCAACGCAGUUCUAACCGAGCAUUUACUUCAUAAACUGCUGGUUCCAUUGUAUAUUUUUUCACUGACUCCAUCGCCACCUAUUUCUAUGGCUGUCGUGACCAGAAAUUUGGCGGCUGUGUUGAACAAAGUAGUGGAUAUCGAUAUCAAGGAGAUGAACAACCCAAGGGUAUCCAGUGUAGUGGCACUGUUUUUACUAUCCCUUGUGUUUUUGGUUAUAACCCAUAGACCUCUUAUCAAUGCUUUGACUUGGGUCAUUCUCAAUGCCGACCAUACGGUAUUCAAAGAAGGGGCAGCUCAGAUUCUCAAUUCAUAUAUUGAAAAUCGAGAGGUUGUGGCACUGGGAUUCGGACAGCCUGUCGAAAGCUUGGAAGAAGCGCUGGAAAGCUCUGUAGCCUCCUCGAGUUUUUACAACUACGACCAAAAUGUGGAUGAAGGAAACAGCAGCAGCAGUACGUCCACCAAUCACGAUCAACAGAUAUCGGAAUCACCAAGUCCUCCAUCAUUAUCGGACGAAAUCGAGAAGGUCAACAUCACCGACGAAGAAAAGGAAAAACUACUACUCAAUGCAUAUCGUACACCUGAAACUAAUAGACCGUUCCUAGAUAUGGUUCUUUCUUCCUUGGAUUGUGCUGAAAACGACUAUCUUGCACUACUGGCAUUGUGCCUUCUGUAUGCAUUAGCGAACAACAAAGGGGUUAAUGCAGAGUGGCUGGAAAUAGUCUUGAACCGCUCGUCUCCAUCGGGAUGUUCCAAGUACAACAUCAUACUAAUUGAAAAACUGCUCCAGAUAAUUACUCUUUGUAGUCAACCAUCCUGUCGGGUUCGAUUAGUAACGAUUGACCUAACAUUGAAACUGUUAUCACAAAUUAUCGGCGUUGGUACCAGUAACGUCAACAUCAACGAUUUGCAUAAGAAUACUGUAAUGUCAGCCCGGAAUCAAAGCAUGACCGUAUUAAGGAAUUUCUACAAAUCGGAAGACAUAUUCCUGGAUUUGUUUGAAGACGAGUACAACGAAAUGGUAAAGUCCGUUUUGAACGUCGAGUUUCUGUGUAACGAUUCAACCAUACUGCUUCCACCGACGGGGACUCCACUGACGGGAAUAGGAUUCACCAGGCGGCUGCCCUGUGGUGAAGUGGAGAAAGCGCGUCGUGCCAUUCGCGUAUUCUUCCUGUUGCGUCGAAUGUGUCAAAGCAUCAACGGCGAAAAGGAGCUUCUUCUACCUCUGACGAAUCCCACUCACUGUGUGCAGAUCGACAAUGCCCUUGAUUUGAAUAACAGUGAUUUGAUAGCCUGUACCGUGGUGAUGCGAGAUGGUACCAAAUAUCGCCGAUUCCUGGUGAUGGAUAUCCUCCAGCUCAUACUAGUGGAACCUGACAGCAAACGAUUGGGCUGGGGAGUGGCCAAAUUUGUUGGAUUCUUACAGGACGUGGAGGUGAACGGCGACAAAGAAGAUUCCAGGAGUCUACAUCUCACUAUCCACAGAGGCGGUGCAACUAACAAUCGCACUCCGAUAUUGUCUGCCAAAUUUAUGUUCGAUGACCACAUUCGUUGUAUGGCUGCGAAGCAAAGACUCACCAAAGGUCGCAGCAAGGCACGCCAGAAGAAAAUGUUCCAGAUUGCACAGUUGUUAGAAAUACCUGGACAGCUAAAUGAUGCCCCGUUCCCUUCGCUAGCAUCUUCGGGUUCAUCGGGUAGCAUGGCGAGACCGAACAGCGGAAGGCAUCCAAGAGAGCAUCGACCUCUGUUUUCCACGGCAAACCGAGUACCUGGGGUCGCAUCCGCUUUGAGACGCGACAGCAUGCCCUCGGGGAGCGUCAGCAGAGUGCAACUCAACGCAAGUCGUUCGAUAGAUGGUGAAUCCACGGGAGCCCAUCGAAAAUGUCCCAACACCGCUACCCGUCGGGAAUCCAGCCAACCAAUAACCGUCAGUUCAGUUAAAUCGCGGGAAACCUCUCGUAAUAGGUCCAGCGGCACACCCAGAUCGCGUGAGUCCAGUCCUCGUGUACCGAGACCUCGGUCGGAAGAAAUACCGUUGGAGGAUUUCCGUCGUUCGCAAAAUGCCAGUCCGGUUUCACGGAACUCCUCAAAUGCCCCUUCACGUUCCCACACCCCUUCUCGGUUGACAUUAGAACCGGUGAUGGCAGUCAUGCCCAACGUUAGUGGACCGUUGGCUAGUGGCAGUAAUAGUGGGAGCAGCGCGAAUAGCACUUCGAAAGAAGCUAUCGUGUCAACGGUGGUGGCCGUGAAUCCAAGUUCCACCACGAUUACCAUCCCGGUGGAGCUGAGUCCCACUUCUGAGGAGACGUCGUUCAUCGCCGGUGAAGAACGGCAAAAGAAACGGGGUGCUAUAGAGACGGUGUGAGUAGGGGAUUAAAACUGUUUUCGUUUAACUUUUUAUUCAAUGUCAGGACGAAUUUUUAUCUUUGUAUAACUUAACGUAAUAAAAAAUAGCAGGUGAAUUUAGUAAAAUAAAGAUUAUUUAUGUUCAUCUA